AUGCCAUGCCCACCCGCACCCGUAGCAUCUGCCGCCUCCUCCUCCUCUGUUCCUCCUCCUCCUCCUCCUCCUCCUCCUCCUCCUCCUCCUCCUCCUCCUCCUCCUCCUCCUCCUCCUCCUCCUCCUCCUCCUCCUCCUCCUCCUCCUCCUCCUCGUCACCACCUCGCACUUGCAGCACCGGCUGCUGCUGCUUCCCCUGUCGCCUCUUCUCCACAGCAACCCCACUCCGCUCGCUGCCCCUCUCUGCUUCUUCAGCUGCCUCAGCGACAACAAGGAGGAGGAAGAGGAGUGGGCAUGAGAGUCGACUCACAGCUCAGCGACAACAAGGAGGAGGAAGAGGAGUGGGCAUGA